AUGGCGAUGAUCAAACCCCGCUCGGAGAUGACUCAAGAAGAGUUGAUGGAACAAGAAGAGAAGGAAUUCACCGUCGGUCCGCUCUCCAUUUUGACACAGGCUGUCAAAAACAACUCACAGGUGUUGAUCAACUGCAGAAACAACAAGAAGUUGCUUGGUCGUGUGAAGGCUUUUGACAGGCACUUCAACAUGGUGCUCGAGAACGUGAAGGAAAUGUGGACGGAACUGCCGAAGACCGGAAAAGGAAAAAAGAAGGCCAAGCCCGUCGCUCGUGAUCGUUUCAUUUCUAAGAUGUUUCUCCGUGGCGACUCGGUGAUUCUCGUGCUGAAGAACCCGCUUGCUCAGCCAGAG